AUGGCUACAAUUCCUAAUACAAAUCUUCCAACUGUGGAUAAUAAUGUGAAUACUAUUACUAGUGAUGAUCAGAAAAAGAAACAAGAGGACGAAGCAAAAAAAAUACUAUUAUCAUCAAGUGAUAGUGAUCAAGGUGGGACAACAACAAAGAAAGUCGAUGAUUUAAAUAAUUCUGUACAAAAAGAUAAAUUAUCAUCAGUUGAAUCAGCUAAUAAAGAAAAAAAGAAUGAAGGUAUUAAGAUUGAAACAACUCAACAAAAGGAAGAACCGAAAUCUCCAUCUGUUUCUUCUACUUCAAUUCAGGAAACUACAACAAAACCAGAAGUUAAAACAUCUUCUACUGAUCCAAAUACUAAUAAAGAUACUAUUAAAGUUGAAUCAACAUCAAUUACUUCUAGUUCAAAUAAAGAUCAAAAUAAACAUGAUCAUACUGACUUUUCUAUUGGAAAAGGUGAUUCAAAAUAUCUAACAGAUUUUCAACGUCAAAAAGCAAAAUAUUUUUUUCAUAUUAAUCUUGAUAUUGAAAAUAAAGAAUAUGUAACAUGGGAAGAUGUUGAAUUUUAUUUAUUAUUUCAUGUAACAGCUGCAGGAAAAGAAGGAUCAGAUGGUGAUGAUUUACAAGCACGUUUAAGUCGAUCUACAAGAGCUUUUUGGGAACAUGUUCAUGAUCAAAUUCCAUUACCUGAUGGAAAACGUGAUACAUUAACAUUAGACCAAUUUCUUGAUACAUGGGCUAGUCUUGUUGAUUAUGUUGUUCGAACAAAUCAAUUACCUCCAAUUAUUCAAGAUUUAGUUAAACUUGGUUUUGAAUUAUAUGCAACUGAUGAUCAUAAUGAAAUGUCAUCAACAAUUGAACCUAGUGCAUUUGAUCAACUUUUUCAAAGAACAAAUUUAAGUCGAUCACAUGCUAUAAUGGCAUAUCAGUUUCUUACUGACAAUGGUACAAAACCAUUAGAUGCUGAUAAAGUUGAGUCAAUUGUAAAAGCAGUGAUUACAUCUUCAGAUGAAGAACAUGAUUCACAUUUUCUUCUACCAGGUUUCUUUAAUGUAAUAGGUACUGAUAAAAAUAAUGAAAAAGACAACACAAGAAAGUCACGUUCACCGACUCCUGAAAAGAACCAAUCGGAAGUCAAUGAGAAAUCUUCAUCAACGUCAACUUUUCAAUCGCAACAACCAAAUACAUCAUCAAUUUCUGAAACACAUGAAACUUCUUCAACAUCUGUACAAGACCAAAGUCAACCCGAUUCUUCUUCUCGAAAUAAAGUCAUUAAUGGUUCUACACCAGAUCAAUCGACUAAUCAACAACAACAACAACAAAAUCUAAAUCCACCAUUCGAACAAUCACCAAUAGCUGUCAUUCAAAAUGAAGAUGAAAAUAUUCGUCGACUUUUACGAUUUUAUCAUAUGGAUGAUGGUGAUAUUGUUGAAGUUGCUGAUGGUUCUGUACCACGUGUAGUUCGAGUUCAUCCUGAACGACCUUUGCCACCUUAUGUUCAACAAAAUCCACAAGUAACACAAAAUUUACCAAAAGAUGCAACAAAUAUCUCAGCACAACCACAGAGUGGACUCAACAUUCUACCUAAUCUAUUGCAAAAUAAUACAAAACAAUAUCAACAAAAAUCUACAAUUACAACAGAAACAAAACCAAAAAUAACAUUAGACGAACGUUUAUCUCGUGGUGAAGCACAAACAGGUCCUACAAUACCAUUACGUCAGGAUCAACAACAAGAAAAUUUAUCAUCAACACGUAUACGUCAAGUAUAUCCACAUAUAAAUGAAGUUCAACAAGAAGAACAAUUAAAACAAGCUAAAAUUCAAGCAAAUCAAACUGUUAAUGAUGAAAAAAAGACAAAAGAAGAACCUUCAACAGCUAGUGAUAUAUCAUCACCGAAACAAGAUAAAACAAAAGAAAAGAAAGAGAUAACUCGUGAAGAUGAAGAAAAAAUUGUUGCUGCUGUUUUAAAACGAUUAACUCCAAUAGUCGAGAAAAGAGUUUCAGAUGAAUUACGUCGUAUUCAGAGUGGUGAAACUGAUCAAUAUGAAGACGAAGACUUUAUGCCAUUUCCAUUUAUGUUCACUUCUGGUGGUGGUCCUUUUUUUAUUCCUCCACGUGGAGGUCCACCACCACAAGCAUUUAGACCACCACCAUCUGGACCACAACAACAAAAUUUUCAACAAAAUACAGCAAAUCUCAGACAACAACAACAACAACAACAACAACAACAACAACAGCAGCAGCAGCAACAGCAAGCAAAUUUACCUAGAGAAGCUGAAUUUAUGGGACUACCACCAGGCGCUGCAUUCAUACCUCCUCCAUUACUUAUGGCUAUGAUGAGUGAUUUAGCAAGAGGAGGUAUGGGAGCUGAAAUGCCUGUUUUUCCACCAAACAUGCCACCUCCUCACAAUAUUCCAGGUGGUAUUCCUACAGGUCUUGAAGGUUUUAUGGUGUUUGUUGAUGAAGAACCAAUGAUGGGUGUUCCACCUGGUUAUCCACUACGUCCUGAACCUCGCUUUUAA